AGAAUCUUCAGUUUGCGCUGAAUCUCCGCAGUGGAAUGUUGUAGACCUGACAUCGAAAUUCGUUCCGAUAUUGUCUAUAUAAUUUUACGAAAGUAUCAUCAGUGUUGAGUAGAAGAUGAAGGACUUUACCAUGCUCAGUGUUCGUCAAACGAAGUGAUGGGCUAAAUCCAACCCAGUGGACUUUUUAUUUUCCGUUCUUAUUAGUUGCGUUUCGAGUGAUGUUCGGAAAUAUAAAUCGUGUUUUUGCAGUGUUUAUUUCGAAUGUUAUGCCUCCCGGACUAAGAACUAACAGUAGAUGACAGUAAACCAGUGCUCAAGGUGUUUUUUUUAGUUUAGAACUUUUAUUUAUUUUAAAAGACUAGAAUCAGUGAUAUGGCGAAUAAUAGUGGUGCUCAUUAUAACCAACAACAACAGCAGCAGCAACAACAGCAAAGUAGCAGUCCUUUCCAGUGUAAAGAAUGUAGAUUAUUCCUGGAUUCUGCAGAAUCUUUGAAUGUUCAUCUUCAAUAUUCCCACAAAGAGAAUCUGCUUAACAAAUGGAGCACUCAGGAUGGCAGUAUGAAAAAUGAAGAGAAUAACAAUGGCAAAUCUUCUAUGAUUAAGCGUGAGUUCCCCAUGAAUAACAGUAGUUCAUCAGACAAUUCCGAUUCCCUUGCCAAAUCAGAUAAUGAAUAUAAUCGAACUUCGCCCGAGCAUGUCUACGGACAUCCCCCAACCCCCCAAUCUAAUCAUAGUUUAUCUCCGUAUCAGAACCAAGAAAAUUCUGCAUUCUCCCCCCAUUUCCAAAAUUAUCAACAAAUCAAAGUAGAACAGCUAUCGCCCAACCAACAAUUUCAUCAAUACCCGAUCAUGAACGAGCAACAAUCUUUUUAUCCCCUUCCUCAAUUCGAUACUGUCAAUCAAAAUCAAGUGUAUGAACAAGAUUACCCCGUCCAUCAGUCUAAUAUAGUUAACCCUUAUCGUUAUAACCCCUAUCAACGCCCCCAACAACCACCAAUUUCUUCAGUUCAAUUAUCGUCCGGACAGGUUUACCCCCCACAACCCACACCUUCACCAAGCCCACAAACCUGUGAUAAAUGUGGUUUGAUUUGUAACUCCGCAUCUCAAUUAGUGGACCAUAUCAAUAUGUCACAUCCACCCACACCUGCGCCGCAUUUGAACUCAUAUCAAGGAAAUCAACACUAUUUGUUCGGCAAUGAGAGUCAGCAAAUGGCCAAUCAGAUAAAAACCGAAGAACAAAGCGAAAUCUUGGAUUUAGAUUCUCACCAAGUUUUUUCGAAAGAUGACAAACGUAACAAUACGAAUCAAGCACCGCAAAUUCCCCAUAAUGUAUCAUCUAUGGUUGGAAACUGGCAAACACAGCCACAAUCGAAUAUGCAAGCGCAGAUACAAGACAGAAUGGCCAUUAAUAAUGGACCGAUGAAAAGAUUCGGUCAGCCUCCCGGCAUCGAUCAGAAAUUAUUCCAACCAGUACAAGCUCCAAAUGGAGAUUUCAUGAGCAAUGGAGUCGCUGCACCUCAAAGAUUAUCUCCUACCUCAAAUUUUGGAGGAGCUUUCGAUCAUUUACCGACUCAGUCGACCAAUGCUGUGAUCUCUACCCCCCAAGUUCCUAACGUGCCAGCUCAAGCUCCUGCUGCUCCUACGAAAAGUGCUACAUGGAAAUCGAACGAGGCUAGAAGGCCCAAAACGUACAAUUGCACAGCUUGCAACAAAUGGUUCACCAGUUCUGGCCAUCUAAAAAGACAUUACAAUACCACGCUUCAUAAGAACGCAGUUAAAUCGAGCGGUCAACCCGAUCCUGCUUCGCUUCCAAUUAGUGCCCAUCAUCAUCCGGCAAGAGAUAAUGCCAACAGCAGGGACGGUAGAACGUCCAGUAGCCCAAAUAGCGAUUCGAGGUUAGACGAUGGUAGUAAUUUAUCAGCGCAAUACGAAAGACCGGCACCGAUGCCAGGGCAUCUACAGCAACCACCAAAUGGACCAUACGACCGGCAGCAGCAGCCGAAUGUGCCACCGCUGAAUACCAACCUACUUCACAGCCCAACCCUGGUGAGCCCAAUGCUAAGCUUGAACAAUCUGUCUUCUAAUGGCAAUUCCCCAAAUGGGGAAGCAGGCCCCUCAACGUUGAAUUUGGAGUCGAGGGGUCUGCUACCGCUCAGUUCCAAUACUCACACUAUCCCCCCUGGUUUCAGUAUGGCGCCACACCUAAUGUCUAUGGAGGCCAGUCAAUAUCAGAUGUACCCAAACGAGGAGGCCCCCCACGUUACGCAGGAUAUGGCUAUCAACAGCCUCAAUACUUCUGGUGAAGAGUUCAUCAGCACCAGUUUCAAUCGUAAUUCGCAACUAUUACCCAGCUUCGAUGAGAUUCAAUCUCUCCGGUUCGGGAACAGAAGUUUCGAUGAUGCUAGCGUGGGGGGCGGGGUUUCGGCAACGAACCCUUAUGUCUUCUUAACAGAAAAUUACGACAAUGCAGUCGCAAUACCAGAAGAAUUCAAUAAAGAAAAUUUCGACGAUAAUCGGUUGGGAGAGACAGAUGGAAGCAUAUAUGUUUAUCCGACCGAAGCCGUAUAUGUUCUUCCAGAUUCUCCAUACCUCGAUCUGGCCAACAACAAUAACGUCCUGGAUGGUACCAAAUGGACGAAUUUCACAAAGAGUCCGGAACAAGAUGCUCUGAUGAUCAGAGACGAGCCGACACAUCCAGAUAGCACCGUGCAAAAUGCACCGGCGACGGAAAAACCCAUUGGAGAAUUCGUAUGUGUAGAAUGUGACAAGAAAUUCAAUAAGGCUUGCUAUCUGACCCAGCACAAUAAGAACACUCACUCUGGAGAAAAACCUUUCAAAUGCACUCGUUGCGGUAAGAGAUACAACGAUCAAACAUCCUAUGAGGUUCAUGUGGCCAAGCAUGGAGAUGAUAAGCCACAUAAAUGCUCCAAGUGCAAGAAGAUGUUCAACCACAAGACCGACUUGAGGAGGCACAUGUUCUGCCAUGCUGGCAUUAAGCCUCACUAUUGCGAGACGUGCCACAAGGGCUUCAUAAGAAAAGAUCACAUGCUCAAGCAUGUAGAAACUCACAAACGGAGGGCACAGAUGAAAGGUACAACAGGGAGAGUAAAGCGACGGUGAUCUGUGCAGGUAUCGUCUUAAUAAUUUUUGUUAUCACUGGGCACUUUUUUUCUUAAUGUUGUACUUCUAGAGUUGAGAUUUUCAUUGUAAAUAUAAUUUUAUAACUGACCUCGAGGAUUUUAAUUUUUUAAGAUCAUAAUGUGGACUACAGAGUAUAUGUAACUAAAAUUGCUCAAAGUUAUUUAUCGAUAAUUCAACAAUAUUUCAAUUCAAUACCUAUUCAAAACAGCAAUACCUCAGAAUCUCAGAUGAAAUAGAAUAAUUAAAUAUUUAUAUCAGAUUAUAUUAUUGAAUGGAUGUACAAAAACUUUAGAAUGAAAUAUAUUGAUAUUGUAUAAAUGAUAGAUUUUAGACAUCUGUGAGUUUUCGCAUUUCACAAAAAAAUUUCCCUUUUUUUCAACAUUUUUUCAAUUCGAUUUGAACUCUUCGUGGUAUUCAAUUAUUUCAGACAGACUAUUUUUUCUCCAAAAAAGCAUAAAAAAAUAUUCAAAACUUGUAAAUAUAAAAUAAAAACUCCUGCAGUACAAUAAUGCUACACAAAGAAUUUUUUUGUGAAACGCCAAAAAUUGAUCAUAUUUCACAAAACUGAAGGAUGUAAUGUUUUCCAAUUUUUCAAUUGAAAAAAGUGUUUGUCCGUUAAUAAAGUAAUAAUAUGCAAUAAUGUUACAACGCAGAUUUUGAUAUUUGUUCAAAGCCCAUCUACAAAAAUGUAUAUACUUACAUUUUGUUAAAACUAUCACCAUCAAUGACGAAUCUACCUCAGUUAUAAAGCAACAAUACUUGAAUUUAGGUGCCAAUUGAGUGUUUUUUAUGUUUCUGCCCUUACUCAGGGUUGUGCCACCUGCGAUUUUGACACUUACAACUUUACAAGUCAGCCGAUAAAAAACUUUGUAAUACUGCCACCCUAGGCUCGUCAGAUCCCAGUGAAAUAUAUACUUAGAUAAAAAUAGCACAUUCGUGCUGAAUUUUGGGUGAAUAAGUUGAUCGAUAUGUGAUAUUUUAUUUUUUAUUGCUGUAGUCUUAAGAACAUUCAGAUGUGUCAACUUCUCGUACGGUGGCAUGAAAACAAAUGUGCAAUUACAAUGUUAUGCGCCAGGUUUCGUGAAAGUUACCAGGUAAAACUCAGUUUUUGAUAGUUGAAUAUUGUGAUCUAUGUUAUUUUAAUUCGUAUGACUUGUCUGGCGCAUAUUCCUGCGGUUAUUUGUAGUUAAAAUGUUGCCGCCAUUGUAAAAUUUUUCCUAGACUGACUUUUUAUAUUGUAUCAUUGUAUUUUGUUAUUUUAAUUGUAUAUAAAUCUGUAUAAUCUCGUGAAUCCUUUGUUAAUAAACCAUCUCUGUUGCAUUGAACAAAUAAAUAUUAUACCUAUGGUUUUAA